CAAAGUGACCACUGACCAAAGCUUCUUUUUUUCUGUGUUUUUUUUUUACCUAUUUCACUUUUUCGAUUUCAGAUCCUCCUCCUAAUCCAUUCCGAAAUCAUCAAAAGUUGAUAAGGUUCUUCAUUCUUCGCUACUUAGUGCGUAAUCACUGCUUGAGCUGCUUCAACCAAGAGAUUUUGGUUUUUGGGGUUGAUUUAGUUGAUGGGUGCGUGCUGGAGUAAUCGGAUCAAGGCCGUGAGUCCUUCAAGUACAGGAUUUAUUUCUAGAAGUGUCAGCAGGGAUGGCUGUGACACGAGUUCAAACAGCAGGAACUCAUCAUCCUCCAUACCCAUAACUCCUCGGAGUGAGGGCGAGAUCUUACAGUCUUCCAAUUUGAAGAGCUUCAGCUACAGCGAACUUAAAACAGCCACAAGAAAUUUUCGCCCGGAUAGUAUCUUAGGAGAGGGUGGGUUUGGUUCCGUUUUUAAGGGGUGGAUUGAUGAGCACUCCCUUGUUGCUACCAAGCCAGGGACUGGCAUAGUUAUUGCUGUGAAGAGACUGAACCAAGAUGGUUUCCAGGGUCACAAGGAAUGGCUGGCUGAAAUCAACUACCUUGGUCAACUGCGUCAUCCUAAUCUUGUCAAACUGAUAGGAUACUGCUUGGAGGAUGAGCAUCGACUUCUAGCUUAUGAAUUUAUGUCUAGGGGCAGUGUGGAGAAUCAUCUUUUCAGAAGAGGAUCUCAUGUUCAGCCAUUCACUUGGCCUUUGCGAAUGAAAAUAGCUCUUGGGGCUGCCAAAGGUCUUGCAUUUCUCCAUAGCACAGAACCUAAAGUCAUAUACCGUGACUUCAAGACUUCUAAUAUUCUUCUUGAUACGGAUUAUAAUGCCAAACUUUCUGAUUUUGGGUUGGCCAGAGAUGGGCCAACAGGUGACAAGAGUCACGUCUCAACUAGAGUCAUGGGUACUCAUGGAUAUGCAGCCCCGGAAUAUCUUGCAACAGGCCACCUCACUGCCAAGAGUGAUGUAUAUAGUUUUGGUGUGGUUCUCCUGGAAAUGUUAUCAGGAAGACGAGCCAUAGACAAAAACAGGCCAACCGGAGAACAUAACCUUGUAGAGUGGGCAAAACCUUAUCUAUCUAGUAAACGAAGGUCUUUUCGUGUCAUCGAUGGCCGUCUUGAAGGUCAGUACUCGCUGAGUCGGGCUCAAAGAGCAUGCAACCUUGCAUAUCAGUGUCUUUCUCCGGAACCUAAAUUCAGGCCAAACAUGGACGAGGUAGUAGGAGCAUUGGAGCAGCUUCAGGAAUCAAAGGACAUGCCAAAAAGUGCUAAUAAGAAAGAGCAUCAGGUACAACGCGCCAGUGCUAAUCAUCAACCAAACGGCUUACCUGCUUCUAUGACAAAUCGUGCCGGAGCUGCACCAUCAAAUGCUGCCUAUCCCAGACCAUCUGCUUCUCCCCUUUUUGCUUAAGUCAAGAGUAUUUUGGUUAUGGCAUAAACCAUAAUUAUGUAACCAAUGUAUAGUCCCUGUUUUCUUCUUUUCCUAUUUUGGCAUGCGUUAGCAAAAUUUUUUUCUCAUUUUGCUCCUAAUGUCAGACACAGUAGGAUCUGAUGUGGGUGGACAAGGGGUUGUCAGACGCAGUACGAUCUGCUGUGGGUGGACAAGGGGUUAAGUUUGUUGUUGUAUCCUUGAAAUCCCUGUUUAUAGCUGCAACUGAAUGAUACGGAUAAUACUUGGCUCCCCAA